AUGGGGAUUUGGGACGUGAUAUAUUCCAUCGGCGACGGAGUUAAAGGAAUAACACCGGAUCUAUCGAGGGUGAAACGCGCAGGCGGCACAGCUUACGGUUACACUUCCGCCACCGUCACGAAGAUCGAUCAGGUGGUUAGAGUGGACGGCUUCAAACACAUUCCUGGUGCAACUGUGGCAACUAAGUUGGUUUCUGAUACAAUGCGUGAAGUUCAAGGACAAAGUCAAAAAGAUGGAAUGAAAGCAAAGGUGGACAGAUUGGAGGCAGAUUUGAGGAGAUUAACUCCACAACAAGGAGCUUCAAGCGAAAAUGGGAAAUUAAGCUUUCAAGUUGCAGUUGAAAGUGGACAUGAGAAGGCUAGAGACGUCAUUAACAUGUUCAUGAAGACGGAGUUUGUAGGAAACCAAAUGUUUCAUGACUUAAUGGUCCCUAAAAGUGUUCGUAUGGAGAAGAAAAACGAGUAGAAGUCAAUCGGUGUAUAAUGUGUAUGUGUGUUGUUAGGGCAGGAAAAAAGAAGGGGUCUUAUGUCACAGGUUACUAAAUUUAUGUUAGGUGGGUUUCAUAUAUUUGAGAU